GUUGCAUUAGUACCGUUCCACCUCCCAGCCAACACAAUAAAUCAACUCAAAACUCCACCACGAGCGGCAGAUUGAGACCAAGGGGAGUUAACAGUAAAUCUACUUAGAUGGGGUAAACUAGUUAGCCGCACAACUUAGUAUCUGAAAAUACAAACGCAGGUUUUAGUGAGAAGAUCAAAAAAGAUAUAAGGGAAAUUUGCUAUUAAUCAGUUCAUCAUCAUUUUGGCUUAUUGAUUUUCUUUAAUAAUAUAAUCUGAUGAAUGUGACCCCUAUCUCACCUGCUUUCUCCGAAAUUGUUGAUACUCCAACUAAUAAGAUAUCCAAGCCAAGAUCAGGAAAAUCAAAAAAUAGCUCGAGAUCAAGAUUUGGCUGUUCACAAUGCCGAAGCCAAAGGGCAAAAUGUGAUGAAAUUAAACCCAAGUGCUCUCGAUGCACGUCUAAGAAUAUUGGAUGUACUUACCAAAUGACCCUUCAAUAUAGAGAAGAUUUCGAGAAUAAGGGAAAGAAGUUUGGCAGAGAAGGAGUCUGGGGUAAAAUGGGAAAUAAGAAGACAGUCUCUGAACUUAUCAAAAAAUCACACACCUCUUAUUACCUUGACAUAGAAAAUAAGAAUAAUUUGAUGUUCAUUAAUUUUUCAUACCAUGAAUUUAAAGAACCAGCAAUGAUUCUUCGACCAUCUAUACGCCCUUCAAUAUUCCCCCCUGAAAUCAAAUCUUUAGGUGGUUAUGAUCGUUCCAGCUUGAGCUUUGCCUUGAGUUAUUAUAUUGAGUUCAUAUCUCCAAUUCUCAAUCCAGUAGAUAAUAUUCAAGAUAGUUUGCUUGCUUCUCGUUAUCUGCCCGAUCAUCAUAUAGUAAUUGAAAAAGGCUUAAACCUUUCCUCUUUGAUUCAGUACGCUCAGUAUAACCCACACCUUUUCUUUUUAAUAUUGUCAUUGGGGUCUAUUUACUUAUCCAAAAUCAGCCCAGGCUCAUAUAAUGAAGAAUGGUUCGAUAAAUCUUAUUUGUUUAAGUUGAAAGGCUUAUCAAUGAUUGGUGGGGUUAUAGAUUAUAUCAAUGAUCCUUCAAGACACAACAAGCAUAAAAGCUAUCGCCUAGACACUAGCUUACUACUAUCGCUUGUACUAUUAAUAAUGGAUGAAGUUGCUGAUGAUUGUAAUGAGAAAUGGGUCUUUUAUUUAAAGACUUGCAAAAAAUUGGUAUUUUCACCAGAGUUCAUACAGCCUAAGAGUCAAUUAGAAGACUCUUUACUACGAUUUGCCAUUGACUUUCUUAAUUAUCAGGAAUGCAUGGGAAGAACCGCAUGCAGACAGGAGAAUAGUUUCUUUGAUUCUUUGAAAACACUUGAUGACGAACCGGUUGAUAAUUUAGUUCCUAAAUCAUUGAUAUCUUGGAUGGGCUGCGAUAAGAAACUCAUAAAUGUUAUAUCCGAUAUAACUGAUCUUUCAUUAGAACGAUCCAAUAGGGGAAUAACUGAGAAUAAUUAUCAAAUAUUAUGUAAUGCUAUGAAACAAAAAUUAGAUGCUAUGGACUUAAAGAUAAAAGCUGAUGAUAUCUUGUUUGACAUCGCUUAUGACUUUAAUAGAAACUUUAAAGAAGUAAGUCAAGUGGCUAAAAGUGAACUAAUCAUCCUUGCAGAUGAUAUUCAUCCCGAAGAAUUUUGUUUCAUCUUAGCUUGUGAAGUGAAAAGAGCUUGUACUUCAAUUUAUCUAGACUGUUGCUUACUCAACAAGACUCCAGAGGACGAAGGUAUAAAAACUCAAGUUAAACAACUAUACAAAUAUCUUAAGUUUAUAAUCCUCAACAAUGAUUUCCGUUGGUGUUCUACACUUCUUUGGUCAUUGUUUAUUGUCAGUUCUUCAAUCUCAGUUCAUGAUGAAGAAUGUGAAGACUUGCGCUACUUGACAUUGAGUCUUCUAGAUAAGUUGGAAAAAAACAGUCUUGGUAAUGUCAACCAAACCAGAGAUAUCAUCAGUAGUAUUUGGAAAGCCAGAGACUUACAAAACUGUGAUGAACACAGUUUUGGAAAACUACGCAAAUCAGAGAUUUCUAACCCAAGACAUAAAAAGUCUCAUUGCACAACGUAUUUGGGCCCAACCAACGACUGGGAACACUUUGUAGCCAACGAGUCGUACAGAAUCUCUUUGGCGUAGACUGCCAUUUUGUAUUAUAUACUUUUUUGCAAUUAUUUUUUCUUUUGUAGCAACCAAAGGCUUACAUAAUAUAAACUAUGAUAAAUCGCCCCAAGUUCUGAUUUCAUUAGCAAACCGAAUACUCUAAGGACAUACAUAGCUUAACAGUAACCUAACAUGUGUGGUAGAUAUGCGUUGGGAUUGAAUCUCAAAGAAUUCCCAGAGUACUUCAAUGAUACAGUAAUCAAUGGGGGUGGUUCUACAUCGUAUCAAAUGG